AUCGCAACACCCAGGUCAGCGAUCAGCGCCCCCAGCCCCCCACUCUCAAGUCUUGGAAAGCAGCAACACCGACAAUGGCCACCGCCGACAUCCGCAUCUCCAUCGGGCACCAGACCCGCUUCACGCUGCGCCUCGCGGCCGCGCUCUCCUCCCCCUCCCCAGCCACCAGCAACGCGGCCUUCUCCCCGCUCUCCCUCCACGUCGCGCUCAGCCUCCUCGCCGCCGGCGCGGGCGGCGCCACGCGGGACCAGCUCGCCGCCACCCUAGGAGGCGGCGACGCGCCCGCGGCCGAGGCACUCCACGCGCUCGCCGAGCAGGUGGUGCAGCUCGUGCUCGCCGACGGGUCGGGCGCCGGCGGCCCGCGCGUCGCCUUCGCCGACGGCGUCUUCGUCGACGCGUCGCUCAAGCUCAAGCCGGCCUUCGAGGAGCUCGCCGUGGGAAAGUACAGGGCCGACACCCAGUCCGUCGACUUCCAGAAAAAGGCUGCUGAGGCUGCUGGUCAAGUGAACUCAUGGGUAGAAAAAAUUACUUCUGGUCUCAUCAAAGAGAUCCUCCCCCCAGGUUCUGUUGACAACACCACCAGGCUUGUUCUUGGUAAUGCGCUCUAUUUUAAAGGAGCUUGGACUGAGAAGUUUGAUGCAUCUAAAACAAAAGAUAGUGAGUUCCACCUUCUUGAUGGGAGCUCAGUUCAAGCACCAUUCAUGUCCAGUAAAGAAAAGCAAUAUGUUGUGUCUCGCAACAACUUGAAGGUGCUUAAACUUCCAUACCAGCAAGGUGGGGACAAGAGGCAAUUCUCCAUGUACAUUCUUCUUCCAGAUGCACAAGAUGGCAUCUGGAGCUUGGCUGAAAAGUUGAGCUCUGAACCAGAGUUCCUGGAGAAGCAUAUCCCAAUGCAGAAGGUUCCAGUUGGACAGUUCAAGGUCCCCAAGUUCAAGAUAUCCUUUGGAUUUGAGGCAUCUAAAUUGCUCAAAGGUCUUGGGCUCGAGCUUCCGUUCAGUGCACAAGCAGACCUAUCAGAGUUAGUUGAUUCACCUGAGGGACGGAACUUGUCUGUUUCGUCCAUAUUCCACAAGUCAUUUGUUGAAGUGAAUGAGGAAGGAACGGAGGCCGCCGCCGCAUCUACUGCAACAGUUGUGCUCCGGUCAUUCACGAUGCCUCAGGAUUUCGUCGCAGAUCACCCCUUCCUGUUCCUGAUCCGAGAAGACUUGACUGGUGUUGUGCUGUUUGUCGGCCAUGUGGUGAAUCCCCUCCUUGCUCCAUAGUGUGUUUGUUUGUUCUAGAAAUCGCGGCCUUGGUGCAGUUCCAUCCUGUCACGCAAAUGCAUGGCUGUGACAAGUGAUCAAGCUUCCUUUGUAAUCUGCCAUGUUUUGUUUUUGAAUAAAUAGAUGCUUGAUCGAUGUGUGUAAGGUUGUGAGAUGAUAGUUCAGAAUUGAUAUGUAUGGUCAUGGACUCAUGGUACUUGCUGUUUCCUUCUUCUACUCUGAUGUUUCUCGUUCUA